CGUCGUCGCUACAUGUGAAGUGUCGCGAAGGAUAAUUACUCGCCGUCGCGCCCGCUGGUUUAUCCGGCCCAGCAAACAUGAGCUGGGGCACGGAGCUCUGGGACCAGUUCGAGAAUCUAUCCCUGCACACACAAAAAGGGAUAGAAUUUCUCGAGAGGUAUGGCCACUUCAUACGUGAUCGUUGUGCGAUCGAAUUCGAAUACGCAGCGAAACUCAGACGUCUCGUGAAGAGUUAUCAACCGAAGAAGAAGGAGGAGGAAGAUUAUCAGUAUAGUCCUUGUCGGGCAUUUAAAAUGGAAUUGAACGAAGUGAACGAUCAAGCUGGUCAGCGGGAAGUAAUCGCAGAAAAUCUCCAGGCCAACGUCCUGCGGGAACUUAACAUCCUGGUUAAGGACUUCAAAGAAGAUCGCAAGAAGCAUCUGCAGGAGGGCGCGCGACUAAUGGCCACCCUAGCCGGUCAGAUCGGCAAUCUGGAGCGUGCCAGAAAGGCCUAUGAGAAGGCUUUCCGCGAGGCGGAACGCGCUGUGGAGAACUAUCAGCGAGCGGACGCAGAUCUUAAUCUUUCGAGAGCAGAGGUGGAGAAACAGAGGAUGAAUAUGACUAUGAAGACCCAGCAGAGCGAGGAAGCCAAAACGGAGUACGCGAAUCAGCUACAAAAAACGAAUGACAUGCAGACAUUGCACUACCACACAGCGAUGCCGGAAGUGUUUCAACAUCUUCAGGAACUGGAUGAGAAGAGGAUAAAAAACAUGCGGAAUUAUAUGAUGAAAUCUGUAGAGAUUGAGCGGGCAGUGGCACCGAUAAUUGCCCAAUGCUUAGACGGCAUUGAGAAGGCAGCGAACGAGAUUAACGAGAAGGAGGACACAAUGUUGGUAAUUGAACGGUAUAAGAGCGGUUUCCAGCCACCCGGCGAUUUUCCCUUUGAAGACUUAUCGGUUGCUAAGAACUAUGAGAGCAAUAGUCAAUUGGCUCAGCCCGUUAUGCAGCCAAUCCAUAAUCACCUCACGGUCAAGGGUACUGUCUCCGGUGGCAAGAUCAAAAAGAGGGUUGGCCUCUUCGGGAUUUUCGGCAGUAAUAAGAAGUUGAUCGAGGUGUGCAUAGCUUUAAAGAACAAUGUGCCUGGUUACGGUGAUGGUGCCAAGGAGGAUUGCAGCGAUUUGCCACCGAAUCAGCGAAAGAAACGAUUGCAGCAACGACUGGACGAAAUCCAGGCAAAAAUUCAACAGGAAACCGCAGCGAGAGAUGGUCUAAUGAAGAUGAAAGGCGUAUACGAACAAAAUCCUGCUCUCGGAGAUCCGAUGAGUAUAGAGGGGCAACUAAACCAGUCCAGUAACAAAUUAGACAAACUCGGAGUUGAAUUGGCAAAGUUUCAAGGCUACCUCGAAGAAGCAAUGCGUACUGGUGCCAGUUUGUCUAGCCCAAGUCAAGCACAGCGAAAACCUACUACUAACGGUUCGGCAACGAGGCCAUUAAGUUCACGAAGAGGUAGUCAUUCGGGCGGCGAGGAGAGUCUUUCGAGAUCCGCUUCAGAUUCGAGCGUCUGUAAUGCGAACGCGAAUCAACCGGUUCACAAGAAAAGUGCACCGAGCACACCACAGCCAACUCAUGGUUCCACGAACAGCCCGGAAUCUGGCCUUGGCGAGUCGAGAACGUCGCUACCCGGCAGCGGCUGCGAAUAUUAUCAUGAUGAAGUGGACGCUCAGCCGCCACUGGGAACAUGUCGAGCGCUUUAUCCUUUCGAUGCAACUAGCGAAGGUUCCAUACCGAUGUAUGAUGGCGAAGAGCUAUAUAUGAUCGAGCUAGACCAGGGCGACGGUUGGACCAGAGUAAGACGCAUUUCGCAACCGAUCGAAGGUUUUGUACCGACCUCGUACAUAGAGUGUCAUCUCUACAACACUUAGCCGCUUCUCCUAGGUUGUUAAAGGGAAUCUGCGCGAUGCGAAAUCACUCGAAGAAGAUUAUAAACAAAAAUGUAUUUGAUGCCGUCGAAGAUUUGAGGAUCAUGUGUUGGAUGAAUUGGCACAGGAUAUCGGGAUGACAAGAGCGGCUCGCAGGCCUAAUCAAUACUUUCGAACGAUGGAAAGUCGAAAGAUUCUUAAAUUUGGAGAUGCAAUGAGGAACUUGUGGACAUGGACAGAAUUGUGAAUAUUCACAAAUAAAAUAUAUUUCAAAAUUUCUCUUAAGAUUUAUAAAAUUGAUGAAAGAUAAAAGAUAGAAUUCCUUAUUCAUGAAAAAAAUCUUUCAUCAAUCUAAAGAUCCGCAGUCAUAAUCUAUAGAAGUAGAAGCGGAAUCGGAUUAUCGCGUGCUAAUAUUCUCAUAUUCGAAAUCGCGAUCACACUUCCAACACAUCUUCUCAAGGAUUUCUGUUCGAUUGAUCGGCCAAUCAAUCAGGAAGAAACAAAGAAACGAUACGAUACGAACAAACGCCCUGGCUUUGUGAUCAAUCAAUCUA